AUGGAAGGCAAAGUCGCUAACAGCUCCGUGCUAGAAGACGAUCUUGAAAAUGGUGGCACUGGAGAGGACGCGGUCGGUUUUCGCCCACCUGGUGCUGGAAACAUUAUUGAACUAUCAUCUGCCGUGGACAGAACCCUGAGCUUUAGUCGAGUUUUCAAGUCUCCCCCGACGCCAAACGAGCCCAAGGAAUAUCCAGCGGUGCAGACAUUGUUGUUGGCUUACCAAUCACUUGGAGUUGUGUAUGGAGACCUUGCUACCUCUCCUGUCAACGUGUUUUCCGCUACAAACUUGACAAACGUUACUGCAGAAGAUCUACUGGGGACCUUCAGCCUUAUGUUUUGGAGUUUGACUAUCAUAGUUUGGAUCAAAUAUGUUUUCAUCGUCAUUCAUGCCGACGAUCAUGGUGAAGGUGGUACUUUCGCUUUAUAUUCCUAUCUCCGUCGACAUAUAAAUUUCCGGACCAAGCUUACAAUUCGAAAUACAAGGUGGAGCACUGAUGAAAGCAUGAGGUUUUCUAACCGCGCCAGUCCUCUACGUUCCAAGACCAAGGAAUUCAUAGAGAGAAGUAUCAGAGCUCAGAAUUUUAUUACUGUAAUUGUUUUGCUUGGAACUUGCAUGGUCAUUGGGGAUGGAGCACUGACUCCAGCUACUUGUGUACUAUCAGCGGUUCAAGGUGUCCAAUCCCUCUCUCCAAAGAUUACCCAAGACCAUGUUGUGUUCACGUCCGUUGCUGUUUUGAUACCACUCUUCCUCUUCCAACGCUGCGGAACAAGCAAAGUCAGCUUCACCUUCUCUCCAAUCAUGCUACUCUGGCUGGCUACCAAUGCUUCCAUCGGAAUUUACAACAUUUUCAAAUAUUAUCCGUCCAUUCUCAAGGCUGUGUCCCCUCACUACAUAGUGCUGUUCAGUUCAAGAAAUGCCAAAACUUUAUGGAAUCUCCUUGGUGCUGUAUUCUUGGGCAUAACAGGAGCCGAGGCCAUGUUUGCUGACCUGGGUCACUUCAACAAGCAAGCAAUUCAGUGGGCUUUCUCAUUCGUUGUUUAUCCAGCAUUAAUCAUCACCUACGCUGGUGAAACGGCUUACCUAAUCAAGUAUCCAGAGAAAAUCAAUAACGCCUACUACAGUUGCCUUCCGCGCCCAGUAUACUGGCCUAUGUUUGUUAUCUCCACACUAGCCGCCGUUGUUGCUAGCCAGUCCAUGAUAUCUGCAAGCUUUUCUAUCGUGAAGCAGUCACUGACCCUCGGCUGUUUUCCUCGAGUCAAAAUGGUUCACACUUCUUCCAAGCAUGAAGGGCAAGUUUACUCCCCAGAAGUUAACUACGCCCUAAUGAUUCUCUGUGUUGGUCUUGUCAUUGGAUUUAAAGGUGGCGUUGCACUAGCAAAUGCCUACGGUGUGGUUGUCAUCUGGGUCAUGCUCAUAACAACUCUUUUGACCUCGUUAGUUAUGCUCGUCAUCUGGAACUCCAAUAUACUUCUAGUCCUAGGUUUUCUCGUACCAUACGUAAUAAUUGAGGGCAUCUUCAUGACGUCCAUGCUUAACAAAAUUCCACAAGGAGGAUGGGUGCCAUUUGCUAUCUCAGCUAUCCUUGGGACUGUGAUGCUGUCUUGGACGUAUGGAAGGAGUAAGAAGAGCGUUUAUGAAGAAGAAGGAAAGAUGAGCAUUGGUGAGUUAAACCAGAAGCUAUCAAGCACUUGUAUCUUUAGAACGCCAGGAAUUUGCUUCUUUUUUACGGACCUUGUCGAUGGUAUUCCACCAAUUAUCCGGCAUUAUAUUCAGCACACUAAUUCAGUUCGUGAGAUAAUGGUGGUAGUUACCAUUAGAACUCUUCCCAUCAAAACUGUCCUACCAGAGGAACGUUUCGUUGUGGGAAAGUUGGGAGUUGAAGGAGUUUAUAGGUGUUUGGUUCAGCUAGGAUACAAGGACUCGCUAAAUAUGGAAGGUGGUGGUUGCACUCGAGAAAUUGUGGCUAAGCUACGAGGAAAUGAAGACACUACAGCCGAACAACGAAAACUUCAUUCUGCCUCAGAAAAUGAAACUGUUUUUGUCAUGGGCAGGACAAUUCUUGCUGCAAAUGAGAACGAUGGAUGGCUUGCCCGUUUCACCAUAGAGUAUUUGUACAGUUUUCUUCAAAAGAACUGCAGGUCAUCAGUUUCGGCACUUCAAGUGCCACCGGAAAAGACAAUGCAGGUUGGAAUGCUAUAUAGACUGUAA